AUGUGGAGACAGCAGCUCAAGCAGGGCCUGGAUGGAGAGGAAGAAGAAAAGUCGGAGGAUUUGGGGAACUCUGCAGCUCAGGAUGCUGUUUGCAGCCUCAGUGAUCAGCUGCAUAUAGUAGUGCUUCCUGCAGAUGUUCAAGAAUCUCCUGAAGAACAGAGACCUUAUGUGGACCAGCAGGACCGAGAACACCUUAACAUAAAAGAGGAAGAGGAGGAACUGUGCAUCAGUCUGGGAGAAGAGCAGCUUAAUGUCAAAGAAGAGACUAAUGCCACAAAUGUUUCAUUCACUGUGAUUCCUUUGAAGCAUGAGGAUGAUGAAGAUAAACCUCUGUUCUUACAACUUCAUCAACACCAAAAUGAAAUCAGAGACCUUCCAACCAGCAGCUCAGCUGACUACUUGGAAUCAGCAAUUGGUGGAGAGCCCUAUGGAGGACCAGAAACUACCAGAACCCCAGAUCUGACCACUCAUGAAGAGGAUUCUCACUCUUCAGAAACUGUAAUCGGUGAGGAUGCUGAAGAGGAUAAGGAUGUGAACAAUCCUGUCUCUCAGUUGAYACACUUAACAGAUUAUGGGUCAAAAACCAAAGACACUGGUGAAAACUGGGAGAUUUCUACAAGCAGAGUUCCCGAAUCAGGUGUAAAAAGCAGCAAAAAUGAACAGAAUCUGUAUUGUUGUAAGUUGUGUGAGCGGAAGUAUACCACAAAAGGCAAUUUAAAGACACAUAUGAAAAUCCACACGGGGCAGAAGCCAUUUUGUUGUGAGCUGUGUGAUCAACGGUUCAUACAAAAGGGAGAUUUAAACACACACAUGAGAAUCCACACA